CAGUGCCAGCGGUGAAUUACAAGUCGAGCUGUUGUGUGUGUGUGUGUGUCGUCUGGAGGAGGAAGCGUGUCUCCCCAUCGCUCUUCCCGGGCUCCCCUCGUAGAACCAGCCGCUGGAAGAGCCUGACACAGACGCGUCCCGUCGGUAACCUCGUCACGUCGCGUUCACCGGCGUCGCGACGCAGCGCUGCAACCGACGACUUCAGGAUUUGUCACCUGGCAGCUGCUGCAGGAUUUACUCGUGUCACGAGGAGAGUCGCCAGGCAGCCGUCAAGAAGCCCUGAGCAGGUCGGCCAGUUAGCCCGACAGCUAGCCCGCCCCCCCUCACAGCCACAGCAAGUCCCACCCUCACCGAGUGCGUGGACGUCGUAAGAGGCUGCGGCGGUGAAGUCGAGUGCGUCCCCCCCCCCCUCCCACCACCUCUUAACUUAGUCAGCAUCGGUGUACAGCUGGUCGGCAGGAAUAAGAAAACACAGGUUGACCCAGCGACGCUGACGUGGAAAUUGUUGGCUCCCGGUUGAACAAGUGGUCUGUUCCGUGGAGGGAGACGGGGGCUACACUGGCAAAGAGACUGGCUAGAAAGAAGCGGCGAGAUAAGGGACAACAAGGAAGACACCGCGAAGGAGGGGACUGGCUAGUUGAGCCGGGGAGACAGAACCGCACAUAGAAGGCAAACACCGCCACCGAGCCACACACAGCCAUGAGUAUUGAGAUACCGGUGGGGUUGACAGAACUGCUGCAGGGCUACACCGUGGAGGUGCUGCGACAAAGGCCGUCAGACCUGGUGGAGUUUGCAGUACAGUACUUCACCCGCUUGCGAGACACCAGAAGUCAGGAUGGGGCCAGUGCUGUCGGCAAAACGGGGAAAGGAGUGAUGUUUGAUGGGGAGCCAAUGCAAACAGAGUCCAACGGAGAAGAUGAUGAUGAUGAUGAUGAUGAUUCUGACUUUGAGCCUCCACCACCCAGCAGAUUCAACAGGAGAGUGUCAGUGUGUGCGGAGGCGUUCAACCCAGAUGACGAGGACGAGGACUCAGAGCCCAGAGUGGUUCACCCCAAAACAGACGAACAGCGCUGCAGACUGCAGGAGGCCUGCCGAGACAUCCUAUUCUUCAAAACAUUAGAUCAGGAGCAAUUCUCUGAGGUGCUAGACGCCAUGUUUGAGUCACGGGUUCAGCCCCUGGACCACGUCAUUGACCAGGGAGAUGAUGGAGACAACUUCUACGUCAUAGAAAGGGGUGUGUUCGACAUCAUGGUAUCGGGAAACUGUGUAGGGCAGUAUAAUAAUAAGGGCAGCUUUGGGGAGCUGGCACUCAUGUACAACACGCCACGUGCCGCCACCAUCGUCGCCACUGAAGAGGGGUCACUAUGGGGACUGGACCGUGCCACAUUUCGUAGACUCAUUGUGAAGAACAAUGCCAAGAAGAGGAGGAUGUACGAGGCCUUCAUCGAAUCUGUGCCCUUACUCAAAUCACUGGAGGCAAACGAGAGGAUGAAGAUAGUGGAUGUAUUAGGAGCAAAGCAGUUCUUAGAUGGCGAACGCAUCAUCACACAGGGAGACAAGGCUGAGUGCUUCUACGUCGUAGAAUCUGGGGAGGUCAAGAUCAUGAUGAAGAGUAAAACGAAGGCGGACCAUGCAGACAAUGCGGAGGUGGAGAUAACGCGCUGUAACAGGGGUCAGUACUUUGGGGAGCUGGCCUUGGUCACUAACAAGCCCCGGGCCGCCUCAGCCUACGCAGUCGGCAAUGUCAAGUGUUUGGUAAUAGACAUCCAGGCGUUUGAGCGCCUCCUGGGCUCCUGUAAGGAGAUCAUGAAGAGGAACAUCUCCCACUACGAGGAGCAGCUGGUAGCCCUGUUCGGCUCCAGCAUGGACCUGAGAGACUGAGCCUCCCACACCACCCUCCGUGCCUUCUACCACACUCACACACACACACACGCACAAACACACACACACACACACACACACACUCAUAUCAUACAGACUCAUAAUAAGCUUUACACAACCGUGCAAACACAUGAGAAAUUGUACUUGGCUCACCUGCAGGUACAUAAAUCCUCACUUCCUAUGAAUACAAACAGACACAGUCGCAUACACACAGACAUUUACACUGACACCUUUACAGGCACUGAGAGAAGCACACUUAUAGUCUGCUCACCCUCGUACACAUUCUAGCUCAACACACUCAGUGACAGGCUUAUGUUUUGGACAGACAGACAGCCAGAUAGCCACGCACACUCAGACAACUCACACAGCUAGCUAAAGGCCCACACCCUUUGUUUAUUGAGCCAGCUUCAACCUCCCAGUAUGAAUGUCUUCGCUGCAAUGACCUUAAUACAGGUAAAGCAGUGUAAGGACAUUAAACAUAAACACUCCAUACACUUAAAAAACAACCAUCCUUAUGCUUUAUAUGUGCAAGCUUCACACGAGCACUUAAACAACUCAAAGUUUUUCCAACUAUCCUCAGCCAAGGACACAUCAACACACAUAUACACACACUCGGGUACAGAUGCAGACUCUCAUACACAUAGGCAACCACACACUUGCAAAAAUGGAUACAUUGUGGUAAAAUGAAGACAAAAAACUUUAAAAAUCUCUGAAAAGGAAAACCAAUCAAAAAUGCAAAAAAAUUGAUAUGUUUAAAGAAGACAGAAGUUUUAGAAAUGUUUUAUGAAGAUAAAAAACAGAAGCUUUGAUAAAAUAUUAUUUAAAUAAAAAAGUGUUUCCUCUUCGGGAGGGCGGGGUGCAGAACUUUGUGAGUGCGCUCCAUUUCUUCCUCUACUGUUGUUGAUUGAGUUGAGUUGAGUUAGUGCUGGUGAUUAUUGCAGUACCACAGAAGAAGCAGUGAAAACGAUAACAACCCUAUGUUUUCUGGGCAAUUGUUAUUCUAUCAUCAACGCCACACUUCAUUGUAUUGAAUUAAUUAUUAAUGUAUCGUUAUUAUAUAUUUCAUUUAUUAUUUUUUGUUUUGCUUUGACCAAUUAUAAUAGAGUUCACCAUCCAUCUCUGACAAAAUGUAAAAAUAGGAAAAAAAAUCUAAUAAAAAACAAACAAAUAGUGCUUAUUUCUCCUUGAUUAUCCUUGAAUACGUUGUCCUGGAUAAAAAAACUGAAAAAAUAAAGCAAAGAUUUUGUUACA